UAUUGCGGCAGACGCCUGGGCGGUCCUACCGGCCGGGGAGCUCCCUGGUGACGGGUGUGGUCAGCAGAGCACUGACCAGACCGGGGGCGCCAUUGUCAAAGACCCGACUAUAUAAUGGACGAGCAAACUGAUCCAGGUAUCAGUUCGACACUGCAUCCCGUCACACCAACAUGAAGGCCUUCAUCGUCGCUGCUCUGGCCCUGGUGGCUGCUGCCGAUCGGCCCCAGCCUUCCUACAGGCCACGACCUGCCUACUCUGCCCCGACCUACGCUACCCCGACAUACACCGCCCAGCCCAGCUACAAGCCCAUCGCUAUCCUUGAGGAGGAGAACAUCCACCCCGGAGAUGGCUCCUACAACUUCCACUUCAGCACCGAGAACGGCAUCUACCGGUCUGAGAGCGGUGUUCCUCUGCCCGGCUACGGCAAGAACGCCUACGGACAGCCGGAGGGCAGCUACCGCCAGGAGGGCUCCUGGAGCUACACCGACGGAUACGGCAACCCCAUCAAGGUGACAUUUGUCGCCGACGACAACGGCUACCAGCCGUCCAGCGACAUCCUGCCGACGCCGGUGCCCACCCAGUAUCCGACCCCUGCUGUUGGUCCCACCUACGUCGAGCCCCAGCCUGCCUACGUCGAGCCCCAGCCCGCCUACGUCGAGCCCCAGUCCUCCUAUGGCAAGCCCGCCUACCAGCCCGCCUACAACUAAAUGAUUUUUAAGUUGUUUAGGUAAUGAGAAUACAAAGCAGCGUAUUUUCCAGGGUGCUGCAUAUUUAAUACCCACAAAUAUGUAUACACUGCACAUACAUAGCGUAAAUAUGCAGCCUUAUUUGUUCCAUAGUUUUAUUUGAUAAAUAAAUAGUGCUUGAUGUCGGUAUCUGUCAUCUUUCUAUUUGUUCGUCAAUCACUAUGUAAUUAUUCACUUCACCAUUGUCGCCACUCACCGCCGUUCCUCGUGUGCUGAGUUAGACCGAGAAGUAACAAAUAAAAGACAAAUGAGGA